UUAGUUAUAAUAUAUAUAAAAUAUUUUAGGUACCACCACCUAUAUCUAAUCCUGGUGAUCUGGGUCCUGUUCGUUGUAAUAGGUGUAAAGCAUAUAUGUGUCCAUUUAUGCAAUUCAUUGAUGGUGGAAGAAGAUUUCAAUGUGUGUUUUGUAAAAGUGCAACUGAAGUACCAGAAGAAUAUUUUGCGUAUUUGGAUCAUAUGGGUGAUAGAACUGAUAAAUAUCAAAGGCCAGAGCUUUGUCUCGGUUCUUAUGAAUUUAUUGCUACAAAGGAUUAUUGCAAGAAUGGCCAAUUUCCUAAUCCUCCAGCCUUUAUAUUCAUGAUAGAUGUUUCUUAUAACAGUAUAAGAAAUGGAAUGGUAAAAUUAUUAUGUGAAAAUAUGAAGAAAAUUUUAAUGAAUUUACCAAGAGAGAAUGGAGUUGAUAAAUCAAAGAUGAAAGUUGGAUUUGUUACUUACAGCAAUGUUGUCCACUUCUAUAAUGUGAAGGUUGGUAAUUAUUUUAUUAUGUGAAAAUAUUAUUAUGUU